AUGUCUGAAACCAUCACCGAAGCCAAUGUGCCGGCCAGCUCUGUCGCAGUCAUCAAGCCACACCCAGACACCCACGGACAAGUUGUGAGACUUUCCGCGAUCGACCAGAUUGCGCCUAGGGAUUACAUGUCAAUAUGCCAAUUUUUCCGACUGGGUCCAGAUGUGGAUAAGAGAGAAAUCUUCCGCGCCCUCCAGGAAGCUCUGUUGAACAUCGUGAAUGACCUACCGGAGCUUGCAUGCUGUGUGCAGAAACACACCCAGAGUAGCCGUGAAGAAGUGGAGCUCAUAUUUGACUCCAACAAGGGUGUUGAAAUCCAUUACAAAGAUUAUACUUCACCGGAGUAUUGUGAUCUGUGGAACUUUGGCUCAUUUGACCAACUUGAGGAGGAACACUUCCCUCUCAACAAGUUGCCAAGGCAUAUUGUUUUCGGAACGUCUGCCAAGCUGGUAGAUGGUGUGAGGCUUCCAGCCCUUGUCAUUCAACUUAAUUUCAUUCCCGGAGGACUAAUCCUUGGAGUAUGUCUACAUCAUGUUGCUGGUGAUGGUCAAAGUAUUUUCAUGCUAUUGUCUGCCAUGGGCGCUCAUUUUUCCGCUGCGAUCGAUGGGCUAGACAGCAAACCUACCUCGCAAAUCCAUCUCCUAGAGAGAAGUGGUGUCGUUGACGGCGAUAAAAGUGUAAAGAUUCAGGAAUUCCCUCACUGGAAGCUUGCAGAUGCCACUGGCGAGUUCCUCAAUCCAACGGCGUACACAGCUAGUGAGGUUUCCACAUUCCAAUAUGCUACAUACUUCAUCUCAGCCGAGAAGCUCGCCUUGCUCAAACGCCGCAUCUCGAACAACGUUCCCGAAACCAAGCUCGGCACAAUCGAAACAUUGGGUGCCUUUAUCUGGCGUCACGUAAUCGUGGCCAGAAAUAUCGAUCCUCAGACGUAUCCCGAGGCAAAGCUUUCCAUCACCAUCGAUGCCAGGGGCCGGAUGAAAGCCCCCAAUGUCCCAUCCAACUAUUGGGGGAACUUCGCGGAACCAAACGCAGUGGCCAGGCUAUCCGUUGCGCGUCUUCAGCAAGGCGCAUCGUCACCAACAUCAGACGAUCCCACGAACACCAUCUACCCCGAGGCGGCGCGUCGAAUCAACAGAGCCAUAGCUGCGGUGGAUGAUAAGGCAGUCAGGCGUCUUGUCGGUAUCCUUAAUCAGAUGCCCAAAAGCACAACAUUAACGUGGAAUGUCAACCGCUACCCUGGCCCAGACAUGCUUCUUGUCUGUCUCCAGGGUCAUGCGUACAAUGAUAUCUACUUCGGCAAUGAGCUUGGUUUUCCCGCAGCAUCACGAUUCACUGUCGGUGAUACCGAAAGCAAACCUGAUGGCCGCUGUAUGAUUAUGCCACCUCGCCGUGGCGACGGGAAAGGUCUUGAAAUCGGGCUGCAGUAUGACAAUAGCACACUAAAGAGGCUUGAGAACAAUGCUGAGUUCGGGGAGUUUUUUGUGCGGAGAAACUAA